UGUUACCUAUUAAUUUUGAAUUACGGUCAGGUCUUUGUUAUGAUAUUUAUUAGUGAUAUGACAUUGUAUUGACAUAUACAACACUUCUGCGAUGUACUAAAUGUUUAAUAACGAAUUGUCUGUUAGAAUUUAGAUACGUAUAAAAACUAUUUUGAAAGCUAGAUUCAAUUCCGUACCGGUUUUGUUUGUUAAAACAAAAAAUGAAUUUAAGAUAUAUUAUUACAAGCAAAUGGACGAUUUACGUUUUGUUAAUGUUAUUCAGCGAAUGUUCCAGUGUAGUACCGUAUAAUGAUGUAAAAGCCGACUUUGAAACCCUUCUAUCGGCUUAUCAGUUAGGCAAUGGAAACGUUGGCGGAACAGAUGUUAUGCCCAAGGACCUGUCCACGGGACCAGUUACGGUUUAUAUGGGUUUGAGCCUAUUCGCCAUAAUGGACUAUGACGCGGUGAGCGGAGUGAUACAGUUAGUGGCUAGCAUGAAGAUGGAGUGGCUUGAUGAAGUAAAAACACUAACUGGGACAACAUUCAUGGGAUCCCAGGAGACAAUAUUUGUUGGGUAUGAUCAGAUUUGGUCACCAAAUCUCGUACUUAUGAGCUCCGUGGACUCAAUUGAAAGAAUUGGGGACGAAACGUAUAAAAUUCGAUACAAUGUCAGUUCCGGAUAUUGUAAAUGGUAUCCACGCAUGAUCAUAAAUGCUGCGUGUACACCGGAUAUGACGUAUUACCCAUUUGAUAAGCAAUCUUGCACGCUCACAAUAACGCCAUGGAACCGAGGUAUCGAUGAAUUGAGACUAGAGCCUUUAACAAAUGAAUGGAAUACAGCAAACAUGGAGAAGAGCUCAACAUGGGGCGUUGAUUCCACAUCGACAGAAACAUAUAUUGGUCCUAACAAUACCCGAUUCUACGUAGAUUUCAAAAUAACAAUAAAAAGAAAACCGUUAUUUCUAGCGCUGGUAAUAGUACUUCCGGUUCUGCUUCUAAGUUUAUUGACAGGUUUUCUGUUUUUGUUACCAGCUGCUUCCGGGUCUAGGGUCGGUUUUGGAAUCACGUGUUUUCUUUCUUUUGUUGUUCUAUUGCAGACAUUGAUGAGUUUUAUGCCUGAGGUUUCUUCACCAAUGUCUAUUCUGUGUUUUUAUGUUAUUGUGAUGCUAUCCUUUAGUGUCUUCCUUAGCAUUAUUAAUGUCUUUUUACUCCGACUGCAUCUGAAUCCAAGUAAGGAAGAAGUUCCGCAGUACUUUCAUAUUAUUCUUGAAGUUAUCACAUGCAAGGUCUGGCGGCGAUGUCCGAAAUGUCCGAAAAUAAGGUGUCAAUGUCUGCGAGAUUUAUGGCAUCGCUUGCCCACGUGCUCUUCAAUAAAAUGUACAAAGAAACAUUCACAAAUUGAUUAUGAAGACAGUCAUCUCAUAGACAAUGACGACAUGAUUACACUUGCAAGUGAAGAGACCGUUCAAGGAUUACAUUUUACAAAGGUAAGCGAAACAAAUGAUUUACGAAAUAGAUUCAACCCGGAACAGGGGUCUGGGCUCAUCGGAAUCGGUAAUAGUGUCACUAAGGGCUUAGACAAAAUGCAUAAUGCAAACUUGGAUACUAAUGAAAUACAGCCGGAUCAAAGCAACGCAUUUUAUGAUGUCAGUUCUAUAUUAAAGGUUCAAGGCAAUCCAGAAUCGGAUUCGCAACAAAUUGGGUUUCAGCAGUCUAAUGAAAAGAAUGGGCCAACAGGUUUGGUUUCUGCGCCAUCCUCUGGGUAUUUGUCAGGUAACUCUUCAAGUAAACCAUCCUCUUCAGAAUCUGGAUCAAGUGCUUCUGCUCAGGAACCACGUCCUUCGUUAGAUGCAGAGUCCGUUUUCCAAUCAGCAGCACCCUCUCGUGUGCAAUCAGCUGCAUCAAGUGCAUCAUCAUCUUCUCCAAAGAAAGAACUCACGUGGGAGUACAUCGCUGAAGUUUUAGAUCUAUUCUUUCUCGCAGUGUUUGUUAUUGUUCAAGUUAUAUUUACAAUGAUUUUUCUUGUCCCUCUUGGAGCUCAAUACUAAAAUUUUGAUGUGGUAUUUAUAAAGGAAGUAUAUGUAAUAUAAAACAAACAUAUUUGUAUCUGUAUAAAUUUAUACAGAUGAACUUUGUAAUUGGCUUUGUAUCAUCAAAUUUCAAAAGACAUCAUAUCACGUAAACUCUAAUAGUGAAAUGUACUUGUACUGUUAUCGUAUGCUCUAAAAUAUUCAAUGAUUGAAACUGACAUUUCCAGGUACUUAGUUAUACUUACACUUUAAAUGUUAACCUUGAAAUCUUUACAUUUAGGCCGGUAGAAUUAUUAAGAAAAGCGGAAAAUGUUAAAGAAACUUAUAAAGAAUUUAAAGUACGCUUGAUACCCGCUUGGUUUCUUGAUAUAACACCAGUAUUUAGAUUCCCUCAUUCUUUACAUUUUCGCUUGAACCAUUCUAAAGGGUCUUGUUGUUUAAUGUUUCUCGUGAUAAAAAUAAAAUCUUUCCAUGUUUUCUUUCAUGUCUGUAAUACUGCCCUCACACAUACCUCGCGACC